GUCCAGGUGUCGCUGGGGUGCCUCAUUGUUGCAAGAUCUCCGCCCCACGCAGUGACAAGAUGGGCAAUCUCCAAGGCCCUGUUAUGCAUGACCCGUCACCAAGGUCGGUAUCUGUCGGGCGGACCAUAAUCUGAAGGCGUCCGAACGUGAACGUUGAGUACAUACAGUAUGCAACAAGCAACCGGUUAGCCAGACAUACACCGACUCGCAGACUGCUUGUCCGAAGCGGUCCGGAGGGAGUUACCCAGGACUCGCGAAUUCAGGACCAGGAUAUACUACAGAUGGAAUUUAUUCCGAGGGAAUACUGUAUACAUUGUACCAUAAAAGUUAAGCUAACUAUUGUACAUGACUGGCAGCGGGCAUUGACGGAUACGGACCUCCGUUCCGUACAGGCCUCCAUUCUGCCUGUGAUGCACGAUAUUGCACCAAUGCUGGUAAGAACCACGGCAUGGCACGAGCAGACCUUGGCUUCCUUGCAUCAUGACAAGUGGAUAUACUCUGAACGGGGUCCUAAGAACAGAAGGAACCUGUUCAUCUGGGAACGGUCCAGGGCACCGGUAAUACGACAUGGGGCCCAUGGCCAUGAAGGGGAUGAUACAACACAGGCCCACCACUCCUAUCAGGGGCUAUCUCCGGGGAGAUUAAUACUAAACAGGCCCACCACUCCUGUCAGGGGCUAUCUCCGAGGAGAUCAUACGACAAAGGGCCGCCAUUCCUGUGAAGGCGCACACUGUUGCGCUUGCGCAUUCCAGCAAUUAAGGUCAGGAAGCCUGGUCCUGGAGUGAGCCGGACUGGAAGACACCAGCCUUAUAUCUCCAAGCACUCCGGUCGCCCGGCAAGACCAACCGUGCAGCACUAGCAUCCAGCCUCACCGACUUCAAGUACCAG